AUGCGAAUUCGUUGCAGAUCAAGGGGAAUCGUUAUUUUUGCAAUGGGGUGCUUUGUAGCAGCAUUCAUUUUGAUUAGUUUGUUCCAUGGAUCGUGGAUGUUUAACAGAACGAGUGCUACAGAAAAGAUUACGGUUUCUUCGAUUAUAGAUGAUAGGUUCACUCACAACACAAUGGCAUCCAGUGCUCCUGCAGUGUUGACGCGUAGUAUGCGCAAUCUUCGCGUUGUCUACAUCACUGCUCCCUCGAAGGAUGAAGCAAUCAAAAUUGCGAAGGUAGCUGUGGAACGCAAAUUAGCGGCAUGUGCGAAUAUAAUUCCCGGCAUCACUUCAAUUUAUGAAUGGCAAGGAAAACUUCAUGAAGACUCCGAAGCGAUUAUCAUUAUGAAGACACAGGAUAGUCUCGUGGAGGAUCUUCAUAAGGUUGUCAUCGAAAAUCAUUCAUAUGAAGUCCCUGCAUUUGUAUCACUUCCGAUUGAUAGUGCAUCACAGCCGUAUGCUGAAUGGUUGCUUGGUCAAACAAAACGAAGCGGGAAUUCUGAAUUAUGA